CGCGCGCACUGCGCGAGAGGAGCGAGAGCGCGCCGAGAAGGACGUUGAGCGCGUUUUACCGAAAGAGGCUCGAGCGCAAAACCCGCUCGCAGGGUAAUUUUUUACCGUAUAAAAAAAAAUAUCCUCUCACCUCAAAUGACUAUUUCUCACGAAACGAUUAUGAAUCGCGAUUACGAUUAAACGAAAACAUCCGGGAAAACUGGAAUAUGCCUCCACCUGACAUCCAAAGGUAAAAUCUCCUCAGAAAAGGGAUCUGUGUUUUGCGCGAGAAACCGAAACGGUUUACGUUAUAUUAAUUCAUAACCCAGAGGAGAUUUCGAUAUUGAGCUCGUUCCGGGGCUCGUUAGCAGGCUAUAAACGUAUAUAUAUAAAGAAAACUGUGCGUCAAGUUGGGAUGAUGAGAGUUUGAAGCGCACGCGACUCCCGCCGCUCCGUCCGUUCAUGUUCAUGGAGUUUAUAAGCGGGAGCCGCUAGAAUGGAAACCGUGAUUGAUGAAACGGAGGCCUUACAGAGAUUCUUCGAAGGUCAUGAUAUUAACAGCUCUUUGGAGCCAACAAACAUUGACACAAGUAUCCUGGAGGAAUACAUUAGCAAAGAAGACGACAGCACUGACAUUUGUUUCACAGAGGUCCACAGCACCCCGGGACCCCAGUAUCCCUCGCCCCAGGCCGGGGCAUCCUCUUCAGGGGGGGUAGGGUGUGGCGUGAGCCCCCCCAUCCCCCUGCGCCAGGGCACCGUCCCAUCUCUGCCCCAGCCCUGCCAGAACCCCUACCCGCCUCCACCACCGCUGGGUCACCUCAGACACAACUACCCCUGCCUGGGGCAACAGCAGAGCCAAACACCCCAGCACCAACAGCCACACAUCAAACAAGACCACCGCGGACAGUACGCACCGGGAACGCUACCCGAGUCCCCUCCUGACUCCAGUUCAGAGCCAUAUUCACCCCAGCAAGUCAACGAUCCGCAUAUGCUCAGGACAAUGACGCCCGAGAACAUGUGUCACAUGACCAGUCCUCCGCCACUCUCCACACACCCUCAUUAUUCCAGCAUGCACCGGGACAUGUACCUAAAGCCAGAGCCCAUGAUUUCGCAGUAUCCAAUUGGUCCAGGCAGUGGUGGGGGCGGAGACAUGCAACAGAGUCAGAUGCUACAUCAGCUCCUGCAACAUCCACAAGGACCUGAUGGGAUUCCUGUACAUCCGGCAAAGAAGAGAAAGCAUUCAGACUCUCCCAACAGCACUCUCAACUCUCAGAUCCUAACAGGCAUCAUCAAACAAGAGCCAGGUUUGAUGCAGGAUGCAGAAAACUCAUACCUGGAUCCGAACUACCAGUGCAUAAAGUGGCAGCCACACCAGCAGAACAAAUGGACUACAUUAUACGACUCCAGUGGAAAAGAACUUCCAAUGCCUACAUAUAGGGUGGACGCAGAUAAGGGUUUUAACUUCUCCUUGGCUGAUGAUGCAUUUGUGUGUCAAAAAAAGAACCACUUCCAGGUGACCGUGUACAUCGGGAUGCCAGGAGAUCCCAAGUAUGUCAAGACCAGCGAGGGGCUACAGCCCAUUGAAUGCUUUUACCUGAAACUCAAUGGGGUCAAGUUGGAAGCGAUGAAUCAGUCCAUCAAUGUGGAACAGUCACAGUCUGAUCGGAGUAAAAGACCCUUUAAACCAGUGUUAGUGACACUGCCACCAGAGCAGGUGACCAAAGUAACAGUGGGUCGUCUACACUUCAGCGAGACCACAGCCAAUAACAUGAGAAAGAAAGGCAAACCAAACCCUGACCAGAGGUACUUCAUGCUGGUAGUUGCUCUUCAGGCUCAGUGUCACAGUCAGAGCUUCACGGUGGCGGCUCACGUCUCCGAGAGGAUCAUCGUCAGGGUAACCGCUGCUUCUAACCCAGGGCAGUUUGAGAGUGACAGUGAAGUGCUGUGGCAGAGAGGGCAGAUGCCUGACUCUGUGUACCAUCAUGGCCGGGUGGGCAUCAAUACAGACCGGCCAGAUGAGGCUCUGGUUGUACACGGCAAUGUGAAGGUCAUGGGUUCCCUCGUGCAUCCUUCUGAUAUCAGAGCCAAGGAGAAUGUGAAGGAGGUGGACACCACUGAUAACCUGAGGCGGAUUUCCCAAAUGAGGCUGGUGCAUUAUCAGUAUAAGCCUGAGUUUGCAGCCACAGUGGGCAUUGAUGCAGCUCCUGAGACCGGGGUGAUCGCUCAAGAGGUCCAGCAGAUUCUGCCCGAGGCUGUGAAGGAGGGAGGAGACGUUGUGUGUGCUAACGGAGAAACCAUCCCUAAUCUACUGGUGGUCAAUAAAGAGCGGAUCUUUAUGGAGAACGUGGGAGCGGUGAAGGAACUCUGCAAACUCACUGAUAAUCUGGAGACUCGCAUUGACGAGCUUGAGCGCUGGAGCCGUAAACUCGCCAAACUGCGCAGGCUAGACAGCAUGAAGAGCACCGUCAGCGGAGGCACAGUCAGUCAAUCAGGAAGCUACUUUAGCAGAACGGGAAGUGGCCCGCUCAAGAAAAAAACAGCUAAGCCAGGAAGCAAGCGAUCCGUCCCGGAGCAGAGCUGCCUGAGUCACAGGUUCAUGCAGGGCACCAUCCUGGCACUGGUCAUCAUUAUGGCCUUCAGCGUCAUCUCCAUGUCCAUCCUCUAUGUGCUCAAUCUUCAACACCAUGGAAGUAUAAGUGAUGUUGAGGGUGUUGUUUGUAGUUCUGCGUCCCACUGCCUUCUCUUCGUCUCUUGGACGCCCUUCCUCACUGCAACCGUCACAUUCUGUCCAUCCUUCUGUCUGUGCAGGUCUCGUUUUGCUCUGGGUUCGGCUCGUCAGGCUUCUUUCUCCCCUGCCAGAGUGACCACAUCCACUCUCUCCCCAGACUCCACCUCCCCGUCAUUGUCCAAUCACCUGCCCUGCUGCCCUCCAACACCUGCCACAACCAACCAAUCAGCCACUAUCAGUCUGUUGCCAAGCAACAACCAAUCCACUCCAGACUCCAGCACUGGCUUUCCCACCCAGGCCACUAUUAACAAGAAGGCAAAGUCUCGGCCGCUGGACAAAGACAGCCGGAACAAGAACCGCCUCAGUCACACGUCAGCUCCUCUGUUCCUCAGUAAAGGCAAACGGCCUCCUCAGCCUCCAGAGCUGAGCGGAGCAACCAAACGCUUGCCUGGUGGACAACAGCCACCGUCCCGGAGACAGCGCAGUAUCAACACACAGGAUGGAAAUCUAUCAGCGUGUCUGAGCAAACUUCACAUCCUUGAGAUAGAUCAGGAGAUCAGAACUCUCGAUUGUUCCUCAUCUGAGACCUGCAGCUUUACUGUGUUUCUAAAUGGAGACAGAAACUCAUCUAUGUCUUACAUUACCCUGCACAUGAUCUCCUCUGAGGAGGUGUGGGUGUGGCAGUGUGGGGCCACCAGGGGCCGCCUCUGUCCGAAUCACCCAGAAGCUUCUUUCUCGCUGGAGCGGAGCACUUACACAGCGGGUACCAGCCACCUGUGGUCACUUCCUGUUACUCCUUUUCAAGAGGUCACCUACCGUUUCCGAGUGUCACAUUCGAGUCAAACGGGAUGUAGCGGUGAAGACGGCGGCGCGUCCUCGCGGUGCUCCGAGUACAGUUUCCUCAUUCAAAGCGCAUGCUAAGCAGCCCCAGAUUCAAAGACUGUUUUAUCUGGUUGAGCUGAUGAAGACGCCUUAACUGUGUGCGUGCGGAUUCGUUCAAAGCGAAAGGAAAAUUUGCAUUUUUCUAAAAAAAAGAAAGAAAAAAGAAAAAUAUGAGUUCACUCGGCCUUAACCUUGAUGAUAUAUUACUGCUUAUAAACACUCUUGCACGCGUUUGCUUAUUAAAAUAUAUUUGCCAACAUGUAAACAGAUACCAAUGAGGUCCAAAAAGGACAUUAUUUACUUUCUUAAAAGCACGAUUCCUCGGUGCAGAUUAUUCCACGGAAAUCAGUGCACGUUAUUAGCGUUUCCUUUAAAUGUCAUUAAACUGGAUUUGUUACCGCGAACACGCUCAGGCCAUUGUGGAUGUAGACAAGUUUGUUUCUUCAUCAGAUUUAGAGAAAUCUGAUGAAGAAACUGCUCGGCAAUGGAAGUGAAUGGGUGCCGUCUGAUAAAAACAUCACAGUGAUCCACUCCAGUUCAUCAUAAAGAGUUCUUAACUUCAACCUGUUGCUUCCGUAACCCGUAUCGCUUUCCUCUAGAGAAAUACGCACAGACCAAACACCGUUUACAAGCCGAAGCAGUUCUAAACAAAUAGGUUUUGACGUGAGAGGACAACAGAGGACGGACUUCUUCAUCGGAGGAAGCGUCUUUAUUAAUUACGGAUUUUAAAGUUGAAGUGUCUUGAUGUAUUUGUUUCUUGCAAACGUGCAGCCUUUGGCUUCAAAAGGUGGUGUGGAGUAUUACGAUGUUUUUAUCAGCUGUCUGGACUCUCAUUUUAAUGCCUAAUGCCAUCAAUAUCUCCAAAAGCGCUUUAUAACAGACUGUCUGUAUGCUCAUUCGAUUUUUCUUGACCACUGACAAUUUAUACACUGGAAAUGGCUUUGACUGCUCAUUUUUUUAAUGGCAUGUAAAUCAGGUUGUUUACCUUUUGUUUCGUUAAACCACUUGUAACCGCCGUCAAACGUGGCGGAUAUCAGCAAUAAUAAACAGGCAGGGUCUCAGCUGAUACAGGUCUAAAGAGAGCAGUGUGCGAAGUACGGUACGAAAGAAUGAAUACAUCAGCUCAUCUCAAGAAAAGCAACUACUGGAUUUGUCCGAGUUAGUCACUGGAUUUCUUUAAAAACUGGAUAGGCUUCACACUGUGGCAAAAAAAAAAAAAAAAAAAAACACUGGAUCAUUAUCGCAAUUUUAAAGAAAACACUUCAUACUACGGUACUUUUCUAACUUUGUCACUUAUUUCUUUCCCUUUUCUUCCUUUGCACUGUAUAUCCUUUCAUUUUUUUUAAUGCAUUGUUCUAACUUCAGUACGGCGAUGUACGCAUACUACACUUUAUAUUAGCCGUAACCAAUGAUUUUGUUCUAUACAUGCAGUAUGUUCUUGUACAGUUUUAUCAGAACAGUCUCAUUUAGAGAAUUCGUCGGACCAUGUCCAAAACGUUACUAAUUUCACGGCCUUUAAAAUCCCUUCUCCCUUUUUUAUUUUGUCCGUCAUGAAGAAAACGAGUCUUUUUUUUGUCUCUGUUUGUUUGUUUCUUAACAUUUUGACGUUCUAGAUAUUGUUAGAAUUUUUUUAAGUAAUGAGAAAAGCCAUAAUGUAGUCUUUGUGAGGCGGGGUCAAAUCAUGGAGAGAACCAAGAAAGUGUUGACUGGAAAUGUUGUGCACUAAAAUUACAAUUUCUAUAACGCCACACUGAUUCUGAGUAGAAAACAUUCGGGAUGAUCUUCUGAAAUCUAAUAUAUGGUUAUUUUUUGAAAAUCAUUGGGAAUAUCGCAUAUUCUGUCAUGAAUAAACCAGCCUCUUGCGGAAGCACUUCCAAACUAUGCACUGUAAAUAUGUUUUUCUAAUGUUUCUGUGACAUCUAAAAUACUCUGUAAUAUAUAAAACGCCUCUUAAAUGUUCUUGUGAGAAUUCCGUUUGGUUUUUAUUGUUAUAACUCACGUCUUUCGUUAUGUACAACAGCAUCUUUCGUUUCUGUUCUUUGUACUCGUGAUUUAAUUUGUCUGUAUAAUACGAUUUUACUACAUUUAUGAUUUGUUAGUUAUCCUUUAAUCGUAAUUGAUUAAAAACAUGACCGUUUUUAUUUGUAACAUUUAUAAAUAACUUGUUUUACGUGGGGGUGAAACAUCAUUCCCUGUUUAUCAGUGGUAGAAAAUUACAAAAAUACUGAUUAUACCACCAAAGGACAAAAAAAAGUUUUGGGGUUUUUUUUCUCAGUUGUCUGUCAUAUGUUUAUCUUUUUGGCUUAAAGCCCAUUAAAACUAAAAUAUUAAAAACAGUUGAUUCAC